AUGUCAAGCUCCUACACCAACGAACCAAAUCCUACAGCAUCAGCGACUCUACAUACCACCAUUGGACCCAUUCAAAUCUCAUUGUUCGCAAACCAGGCCCCUCUCACCUGCAAAAGCUUCCUCCAACACUGCAAGGACAAUUACUAUGCCGGAACAGUAUUCCAUCGUGUGGUGCCUGACUUUGUGAUUCAAGGCGGUGAUCCAUCAGGUACUGGGUCUGGUGGUACCUCCAUCUACGAGUAUCCUGAAUUCGAAUAUGAUCCUGAAGCCCGCGACCCAACAGAGCGGGUUGUUCUCCAAGAUGAAAUACACAGUCGCCUGCGUUUCAACAGGCGAGGACUUGUCGGAAUGGCCAAGAGUGAAGAUGGGUCUUAUGGCAGUCAGUUCUUUAUCACACUCGCCAACACCGAGGCAGAGAUGAAUGGGCAAUGUACAAUGUUCGGACGGUUGGAAGGAGAUAGUAUCUUUAACGUGUUGAAGAUCGCGGAUGCGGAUCGCAUUGAGGGCACUGAGCGGCCUGUGUAUCCAGUGAAGGUGACAUCAUGCGAGGUCGGAGAAUUGGGUCCAUUGGCAGGCAAGUUGAAGGACAGAAUGUCUGCUUCAUCAAUAGCAAUGCCAAGCGAGAAACAAGCUCCCAAGAAAAAGAAGAAGGCAGGAAAAGGAAGAACCCUGCUGAGCUUUGGUGAUGAAGGCGACGAAGACAUGCCCAUACGGCCGGCUAAGCCAAAAUAUAACGCGACGCUCGUCACGGAUGCGCCUGGAGCGACAAUGGAAGUGCAAAAAACCUCAAAAUCACAACCUACAGAAUCCCAACAGCCGCGGAAACGACCGAGAUCUCCCUCCCCACAGCGCUCUCCAUCAGCGGAACGCAGAAAACGUCCUAAGAGCCCAGACCCAGUGAGCCAACUGCCACUUCAGAACCUCGAAUCACCAAGUCGCUCGCCCAGUCCCCCACCGAAAAAUGAAUCCAAGCUAUCACGGACAAAUGCGGAGAUUGAGUCCCUCAUGGCAUCCAUGCGUCGCACCGUCGACACGGGCCCUUCUGAUACCGGGAAAAAGAAAUCAGCCAUCGAAGAAAUGAUGCCUAGCACUGCGACUCGAGCCCGCAGGCGACCUCCCCCAGGCUCCGCUAACAGUGGCGGCACAGCACCUAAGAAUUCCGCAGAAUCUGAAGCACUACGCAUGUUCAAUGCGUUCAAAGCUAAGUUGCAAUCGGCCGACGCAACUAAGAAUGUCAGUUCAAAAUCGGGGAAGGAAGUUACUCAUAAGCCAGAGCAAGUUGAGGAUGAAGAAGAGCAACUUUGCGACCUUCAUUUUAUCGUCAAUUGCCAAUCCUGCAAGUCCUGGGAUGAUGACGAGACUGCGGCAACGGAUGAUCACAAUGACGAUGACAAGGGCUGGUUGUCCCACCAACUUCGAUUCGGCAAAGAUACUUUGGGUAAAGAUUUGAAAUGGAAACAGGACCAUAGAGAUGAUCUUGACACCCUGAUGGUAGUGGAUCCACGCGAGAAAGAGAAGGAAUUGGUGGGUACUGGACGCCGGCGAGUAGGUCUAGAACGUGAUCGCGAGCGAGAGCGUAAGCUACAGCAUGCUGGUAAUAUGGAAUGGGACCGAGAGAAGAGUCGAUAG